CUGACUUCUUCUGACAGUAGCUAUCACAACAAAAUACUGUCAUCUUCGUCGCCACCUGUUAUAAAUCUUUCAAAACCCACAAUUACGAGCAUCGUAAGAGAUAAUACAUAAGUAUUAAAGAUGACCAAACUUCUGGAAUGGUUAUCUAUAUUGUCUGCGUUCUUUGCCGUGUGGUACUCCCUCGUCGGCGGUUACGUGAAACACAAGUUCAUUGAAGAGAAUAUGAAACUUAUAAUAAUUUCACCCAUAAUAUUUCUAAUUUUAUUCGGCUUGUACGCUGUUGUUGUCGUUCUAUACAGAGUACUCACUUUCAACGACUGUAAAGAAGCCGCUGAGGAGCUACAGAAAGAAAUAACGAUGGCUAAAAAGGAUUUACAUGAUAAGGGACUUAGAUGGUGAUCUAUAUAAUAUUCCGUUGUUUUAAUUAUUUAUACAUGGACUAUGUAAUUUUAAGUUUAGGUAAAAAAUCCUUUUAUUCAUUACUGAUGUGUUAAGUGUUUGUAAAUUGAAAGAUAUAAUGAUAAAAAAAUAUUUUUUUAAGAUAAAUAUAAAUUUACUUUUUCAAGGAUUUUUUUUUUAAGUGUAAGAAUUUAUUAAUUCUUUUAUGAGCAAUGACUAGGGUACGCUGUUUACAUGCAAAAUGAAUAAAAAUAUAAACAAAUAAGUUCUUUUCAUUCCUAUUAUUGUGAUAAAAUCAUUAAUAAUCAUAGGUUUAUAACAUACUGUUAAAUAAACGAGCGACAAUUAUGAAAUUAA